UUCAUAUGGGUCACUGACAUGGGUGCAGGGGCAGCAUGGAAGCAUCCUUCGCUGCCUCCCAAGGCUCAUUAUCAGGGAGCUGGAUCAAAAGUGGAACAGCCAGAACUUGGAACAGUGCUCACAUGGGUUGUUGGGAUUGCAGGCUGCAGCCCCAAUGCCUUAUGAAAAAAUGUAUAUCCUUAUAAAUAAUACGUGUCACUUGCUGAGUAUUUGCUCUGACCCAGACAUUGUUUCAAAUGGUGUUCUGUUAAUGAUUCGGAUAGUCCUUUGCAAUGGAUGUUAUUGCUGCCUCUGUUUUGCCAAAGGGUCCCAGAGGUAAUGGAGAGUUAAAGUCUGGCAGCUCAGCUCUGUGUUGCCCACUGAUGUCCUUGACAGUCUAGAUAGCAUCCUUGGACUUCAUGCAGUGAGGUGUGUAGUCUAGACAGUUUCCUCAGACUCUGUGUAGUUGGAAAGUUGCAUGAAUCCCAAAGAUCACAGGCAUGCCUCAGCUUUAUCCUUGUAUGUGGCAAACCAGUUGUUAUCUUCUUGACUUUUUUUGAGUCAUUUCAGCAGCUAUGCUUUGGUUGGCAAGAGUUUAUCAUCUUGUGCAGUCUCCGAGCCAAGUUUUCCAGCUUCUCAGCAUGUCUCAGACUCCUUUUGUGUUGCCUAAAACCUUCAAUUCAGUGUUGCCAGCACUGAGGAAUUCAGUUGAAGUCACAGCAGAAUGCGUUCAAUAGUCUGUUUAGUAUGUUGUUGGAAAUGUCAGUGACGAUCCUCCUUUGUUUUCACAGGGGGGGCACUGGCGCUGCCUUAGCUUUGAAGUUUCUGAGGAUGUUGGAAGGCAAAAAAUCUGAUCCCUGAGGCAGCAAUGGCAGACCGCAAGGCAGAAGAGGAGGUGCUGGAUAUUCUUCGCCUGAACGUGAGGGGCUGUGUUUACACAGCCCGACGCGAGUCCUUGUGCCGUUUCAAAGACUCUAUGCUGGCAUCUAUGUUCAGUGGGCGUUUUCCUCUGAAAACAGAUGAAUCAGGUGUUAGCUACUGGAGAGUGCCUCAUGAACUGAUAGAAUGUUGGACUCUGGAGGAGCGGCCUUUACUUGGAAAUCUGCGUCACAUGGCUCCGAUCCGAAAGAGGCGACUGACAGCACUCCAGGAGGAGGAGGAAGAAGGUGUGAACUGUAAGGCUGGGCCAAAGCCUGUCCGAUAUUUGGGUCCUUCCACAAGCACCCAGAUUAAAGUCAAGAACUCAGCUGCCGUCAGGGUGUCUCCAGCCAGUGCCAGUGAGACUGCUUGUGGGGCAGCGGCACACCCAUCUCAGAUUGGCGGCAGCAGAAGGGCAGCUCAGCACUGUGCUUCCCCUCCGGGCACAGUAGGCCCCAGGCACACUCAGGCUUCCCGGGAGGCAGAGAGUGCUGAAAACGGAGCUGUACCCCCACCUCCAGCCAAGGUGCUGCUGUGUGACAGGAAGUCUACACCCCAUCGUGUGAUAAAACUGAAGAGGACUCCGCUGUGUGUUGCCAUGCCCUCCCUGCCCAGCCACCCCACAGAGAGGCAGGCAAGCUCCCCCGAAGCGCUGGCUCUCCAAGCUUGCAGUGCUUUGGGAGGGCAGACUGAAAAUGGGAAAGACCAGGUGAAUGGAUAAAAAUGGUGCACUCCAGACUUGCUGCUUCUCUCUAAGAGCUUCCAGCCCCUUUGACAGGAAUAAUUGUCACUGUUUGUUGAGGCAGCAGGGGUCUUAUUUAGGAUUAAUAUUUCCUAGAAUUAUUAGUAUGGGAAAGAUAAGUUGUGUGAAGGUGGAAUGGAGGAGAGGAGACUUAAGCACUUGGUGUUUAGGUUUAACUCUCGUUUCCCAACUAUGGUGAUUGUCCAUGGGCAGUUUCUUGUUUUCAGUGCGGUUUGCUCAACAGUUAAUUGGCACUAGGAUGACAAAACUGAAUAGCAAGAAUAAUCACUAGACCGGCUACUCUGUUGCUGCAGUAACUGUUGACUCCAGGCACUCUUGGCCUGUGCUCCUUGCAGGGACAGGCUUUGCAGUGUUGGCUUAGAUGUUCCGGGCUAGGGAAAUGUAGAGUGAUGUCUGUGGGUCUGUGUGCUCUACCACAACCAAGAAGGAUUCAAGAACAAGAAUGGAGAUCAAGGUGAGCUGCCUCCGUGGUACUCUCAGUCAUGAGGCAGCAAGAAAAGAAUUGAAGUGGGCCUGGGCCCGGGCGGGUGAGUCGGGGGAACAGUAAUUGGAGGUCACACUUGAACUCUCGUUUAAGUGAACUACUUUCUUUCUUAGAUUGGCUCUUCUUGGUGUUUUCUGUAAGCUGAUUUAUUUACAUCCACCAGAAGAUGAUUCCUUGUGAGAAGAACAGUAAACAUGUCUUAAAUAAGUUGUUAGCACAUUUGGAUUUGGAUAGUGAGGUUUAAAAAGUCCUUUGAAAAAUAGAGGUAAAGGAGUUUUUAAGUAAAGUUAACAUUUGUUAUUCAAAAAUGACCAUUAGAGAGUCAUUCUGACACUACAGAGUGAUUUUUAUGCAUAAAAUUUCCAUAGAACUUGAAUUUAAUAUUUUUAAACAGAAUAUUUUGAUCUAUUUUCAUAACUAUUCAGUUGUUGUUUUUACUCUUAUAUGUUUUAUUUUAUAAUUGGAUCACACAAUCCUACUUUCAGUGCGUGCUAUGCCUUAAGUGUGUUAAAAAUAAAUUCAUCAAGCAGGAUACUUUUUACUCAAAUGUUUAUCAUUGUACUUGCAUUGCCUUGAAGAAGUAAAUAUGCUGCAAGCAUUACUUUCUACAAAAUAAAGUAAAAGUUUUCAGUAAAAUGUGACAUUUCCCUCCUCCCCACCAUGAUUGUGCUUAUUUAAGCCUUGGAGCCAUUCAGUGCUUUGGAAGCUUGUUAGUUUGUAUAGGUUAUCUCUUUAAGCUUGCAAAAUUGCUUUUUUGUCCAGAUAGUGUAAUAUUAAACUAAUUUUGGAAAACUAUCUACUGGAAACUUUUGCAAUAGGUGCUUUAUUUGGCUAAAAAAAAAGUCAUUAUUUGAAAACCUUAUAAUAGCAUUUUCCUUUGGAGUAUUUAAAACUUGAAGUCAUCUUUUUAAAAGGUUGUUAAAGAGAUUCCAGGCAAAUCUGAAAAUCAAGGACCACAGAAAAUUUUGCAACUCCCAAUCUGGACAUUAUGAGGAUUGCUUGUGUUACUGAUUCAUAUAAGAACAUUUUAUGCUUAAUAAAUGUAUAAUGCAUCUUUUAUGCAUAAUAAUAGACAUUUACAUGGAAAUAUUGCACCAUAAUUAGGCAUCUAUGAUGCAAACACCAGCAUCCACAUUUCUUUGCAUCAGAUAGUUUAAGGGAAAUCUGUGCAGCAUUUCUCUGAAGAGUGUCUUGUGUGACUGCUGAGGUGGGGAGGAGACAAGCUGUUCUUCGUGGGUGUCAGGUUCAAAAGCCAUUUUUUGAAUGUGUGAGUUAGCUGAACAAUAUUAUUUGGGCAUGGUUCUUUGGGAGUUGACCUCAUUUUAUAUGAAAAAAAUAGUAUUUUACUCAGUAUCAGACUGCAAACAUAAAAAGGUUGAUACUCAGCAUAACUCAUGUUGUUUUUCUGAGAAAAAAGAGAGAAAGAAGAAAAUAAAAAGUAAAGUUUUAUAAAUGUUGAUUUCAAAAGUCGGUUUGUGCGAUUGGAUUAAGGACACAUAGAAAUUCUCAGUGGCAAGUAAGAUAGUUAAAUAUUACUCAUCUUAAAAGAUAAUAAUAACUGAUUGUGUUUUCAGAUGUGUUGCUAAUUGACUUGCCCCAACUAAAACUGGGUGGUUAUGUUGUGGAGGGUCCAGGACUGCCAGGGGGACCCAUGGAAUGCUUUCUGUUGUUUAUAACACCUUUAAAAAGUGUUUGUAUGUAUUUUCUUGCUAUUCAGAACAACAAGGUAAGGACGGUUAUCUUUUCCCAGUUCUAGAUGGAGAAAAUGAGGGUCAGAAAAGUUAAGGCUGUACAACAAUGAUUACAUGGCCUCCCAUUUCAGCCCCAGGACUGAACUGUUGGCUGACGUGGUAUCAUUAUGGUGAGAGGAAAAGCUAGAGGGAGAAAAUAAACAUAGUAUUUGAGGUUUUUU